CUUGGAAACACAGAGAGCACCGUCGUUCUUUACCUCUCUCUCAUCUUCAAAACCUUGUUCUUGCAUGUGAAAUUUAAGCAACACUCUAAGGAGAUCAAGUUGGGAGCAGUCGACGCCGACGGAGCGGUUUGGCGAGAUUUCGAGCUCCGGCGAGCUUCCCUCUCUUCUUGUUGUGCCUCCGUUGCAUCUCCUCCAUCGACCUCGUCCUCCGAAGAAAUCUCCAGUUCUCCAGACGAGUUUGAGGAAUAAUCGAAGCUUCUGGGUAGUGGUAGACCAACGAGGGGCCUGGGAGAACCCGCAACAGCUCGGAAUCGCAACAGUUUCGAUCGGAUUCAUUCCGAUGUUUUGUAGAGAGUUCAUGAAGAGAGGUGGCGACGUAGAGGCCCAAAAUGGCCAACUUUACCCUAAUCAGAUGGAGACGCCUCAGCUCCGCUGGGCCUUCAUCCGCAAGGUUUACAGCAUCAUCUGCUUCCAACUGGCUCUCACCGCCGCAGUCGCCAUCGUCGUCGUCACCAUCGAGGACAUUCCCAGAUUCUUUAGAACCAUGCCUGGAUUUGGAACCCUAAUAGCCAUCAUUAUCCUUACCAUAGCCAUUCUUAUUUCGUUGUGGUGGUUGCACAACAAGCAUCCUUGGAAUUAUGUGCUGCUCGUUUUGUUUACCAUUUUUGAGGCGAUCACGAUCGGGCUAUGUUGUUCAUAUAGAAAUGGGAAGAUCGUUAUGCUGGCCCUGAUUCUGACGGCGACGGUGGUUAUUGGCCUAACUGCAUACACAUUCUGGGCAGUCAAAAGAGGAGCGGACUUCAACUUCCUUGGGCCAUUUUUAUUUGCUGCAGGUCUCAUGCUGUUCACUUUUGCCAUCAUUCAGUUCAUCAUACCCAUGGGGCCAUUUUGGAAGUGUGCACUUGCAGCCUUAUCAGCGAUUCUGGCCUGUGCGUACAUUGUAUACGACACAGACAACAUCAUCAAGCGCCUGAGCUACGAUGAGUACAUCCUGGGUGCUGUCUCCAUAUAUACUGAUAUUGUCAUGCUUUUCGUUUCUCUUCUACGUUUGCUCGGUUAAUGACUUGACUUCAAUUGCAGAGUAGUAAUAGUAUCAGUUAUUAGUUUAAAGUGAUUUCCAGAGUAAAGCACAACUGCUGUAACAUCUUGGUUGGCCUAAUUAAACAAUGGCAGUAUGCAGUCAUUUUUGCUAUAAUAGCUUACUUGAGUUA